UCUGUAACUGCCUACAUUAAGGUCCUCGCCCCAAUCCACAUUUUCCAAGAUGGCAGCCUCUAUAACAAAUUUACUAAAACCCUGGACACCGAGACUGUGUUUGGUGCGAUGGAGCAGGUAUAACCCUUACUACCUGGAACCAGAGACUCGAAAAGAGGCGUACGGCGUACCAGACACGGAGCUUACGGAAGAGCAAAAGGAGGAACGCGAACUGAAAGCAGUCAGACCCAUUAAAGCAGCGCUUUCUAGCGCAACCAGUUCUUCAUUCAAUGACCCGGUGAUAAGUAAGUUCAUCAAUAUGAUGAUGAAAGAUGGCAACAAAGUCCUUGCCAGAGGAAUCAUGAAUCAGACACUGGAGACAAUUAAGAGGAAACAGGUGGAGAAAUUUCACAAGGCUCCCCAGGCUAAAAAGGAAGAAAUUGAGUGUAAUCCUUAUGCUAUUUUCCAUCAAGCUCUGGAGAACUGUAAACCAGUCAUUGGCCUGGCCAGCAUCCAAAGAGGGGGCAAAUACUAUCAGGUGCCCAUUCCCCUCACGGAUAACCGCAGACGCUUCCUUGCCAUGAAAUGGCUAAUCACGGAAUGCCAAGAAAACAAGCACCGCCGCACACACAUGUACGAGAAACUCUCCCAGGAGCUGCUGGCUGCCUUCAGCAACGAGGGCAACGUAGUGAAGAGAAAGCAUGACCUUCACAAGAUGGCUGAAGCCAACAGAGCUUACGCACACUACCGCUGGUGGUAAUUACAGCGAUGCGGGAUUUCACGUCGGACUGCGGACCACCCGAACCAGUGAAGCGUCAGUGAAACGGACAAGUGAUUUCCGACGUAUAAAAAAAAACAGCCAGAUCAGUGAACCCCUCCUUUUGUUUUUGAAUGGACUGAUUGUUAGUUGUUCUCUCUCUUUUUUUUUUUUUAAUGUACCACCACAAGGUUUUUGUUGCGAUUUUCUCUCAUUACAAAGGUCUGGAUUCACACACUUGUUUUCUGAAGGAGAGUUUUCUCCCCACUUCUGAGAGAAAAUUCUGAUAGAAGCAUGUGGAUGACUCUUUCUUUUCAUUAGGUCAGGAAAUUACUUAAACUAAGCAUCUGGAAUUGUGUGUCUCUUUACUUCACAAGAUUUCAGACUGAAUUCUCCUGAAUUAUUUUUGAGAAGAAAAAUGCUGAAAGGAAAACUGCCCCAGCAUACGUUCUGAAUAAAUGGUCAAAAA